AUGGCGCCAAAAACGAAAACAAAGCCUGUCGAGCGCAACAGGAGCACUCUCACGCUGGACGACGCGCCUCCGCCGGCGAAGAAGCCCAGGCUUGCUUCGGUCACGAAACCGCCAACAUUCAACCUUGGAAGCUCCCAGUCCAAACCUUCCAGUCAAUCGCCAAGGUCUACACCAACAAGCAGCGCGUCUCAGCGUGCACCCGGGCUCCGCGUUAGCAAUUCCGACAACUUCAUCGACCUUACUAUGGACGAGGAUCCCGCCAAACCCGCUUCCAAGGCGAAAGGGAAGGAGAAGGCACUGAAACAAGCGCCAGCUGUUCGAGAACAAGAUGACCGAUUAUGGGUCGAGAAGUUUGCGCCGACUAUUGAGGCUGAUCUUGCGGUGCACAAGCGGAAGGUCGAAGACGUUAGGCGGUGGUUGGGGGAGGCCUUCUCAGAGCAACCUAUCGCGAAGUACCGGCGGUUCUUGGUUCUUUCUGGUCCUGCCGGCUCGGCCAAGACUGCGACGUUGCAGGUUCUCGCCCGUGAGAUGGGCUUUGCCAUCAACGAAUGGGUACCGGGAUCCGCUGGGUCUACGAAUUUCGACGAGCUGGACUUCGAAGACGUCUAUGAGAGCGCUAUGGACAAAUUCGAGGCCUUUCUUGGACGCGCGGGGCACUAUACAUCCUUGUUCUCGUCGCAGCUCACUCCCAGCGGACCCAAAUCUUCCGCAACCAAAAGCGCAUCAAGUCAGGGGAGCUCUACCGCGGAUCGCUCGGUCGUCCUUCUCGAAGAUCUGCCCAAUAUCCUGCAUCCCUCGACUCGUGCUCGCUUCCACACGGCGAUACAACGGCAUGCUAUGAGCUCCUCCGUACCCGUCGUUGUGAUAGUCAGCGAUGCAGGCGUUCGCGGUGAAGCAGAAGAACCCGGCUCAUCCUCCUCACGCUGGACACGAAACACAGCCGACGAUGCCGUGAGCUCGCGCACUAUUAUCCCGCCUGGGCUCGGCGCUGCACACGUCACAGAGGUCGGGUUCAACCCCGUUGCUCCGACAUACUUGACUGCGGCGUUGAAGAAGAUACGAGAGAAGGCUGGCGCGCAGAAGCUUGUGACCGAUACUGCACUGGCGAAUAUUGUCACGGGUGCUGCAGGAGAUGUCAGAGCGGGGGUUAUGGCAUUGGAGUUUGCGUGUCAUAGGGCCAAGGGGUCUGGGAAACGAGCGAGGGAUGCUGGCGCUGGCACAGAUAUUGAGUCGACCACGCGGAGAGAGAACGCGUUGGUCCUGUUCCAUCUCCUAGGCAAGGUUUUGUACAAUAAGCGCAAGGGCGAUCCUCCACCAACUGCAGCCACGAAGCGUGACAUCGCUGCUUUGCGCGAGCUGGAUGCUCGUCUAUCAGACGAGCCGUGCCUGCCGGAUUGGCUCUCAAAGGAGGCGCGUAAGACUAGUCGGGUGGACGUGGACGACUUGUAUGCCAGCACACCCAUCGAUGCGUCGCUGUUUGGAUUAUACGUACAUCAGAACUACACGGCGUUCUGCUCUGAACUCGAUCAGUGUGAUGCGCUCGUCGACAAUUUGAGUUGGCUAGAUUCGAAUGGCGGAGACAAUUGGUACGAACAGAACCCGUAUUCGUUCCACCUAAACGCACUGGGUACACUGCACGCUUUACCAUGUCCCGUUCCGCGAACAGGCCAGAAGUUCUGCAAACCCGCAUUUUUCGGUAGUGGAAAGCGUGAACACGAAGCUGUAGCCGCCGUGGAGCGCGUGCGAACAUGGCUGGCGGACGGAUCUCCCACCGCCGCAUCUCCAUGGACUCGUACAACUGUAGCGCUCGAGUUGGGCGCUGUUCUGCGAGCGAGCGGUAGACUGCGCCCGCCGAAAGAUCAUCGGCUGUUCUCAGAACUUGUGUUCAGCGAAGGAGAUGAGGGAGCUGAAGAAGCAAACGAGCGCGAAACAGGAAGAGACGUGGAUGAUAUGGGUGAGGACGACAGGGUCGUGAAUAGGAGAGAUAUAUGGGGGGACGAGGAGGUUCAGGGGACGAUGCUUGAGGACGAUGACAUUGACGAGUUCUAG